GAUGUCUCCAAUUUCCUGGAUGAUUCAAGCAUUUCCAGAAAUCAACAAUCUGGGGGGCAUUAUCGGCGCAGGUCUAACCAAAGUACUAAUUUCCAUUCGUCGGGGUCAUUUCCGCGCUCACAACCAAAUCCACAAAACCCUGUGGAGGAGGUGGAGGAGGUGGUGGUGGAGUCAGAACCCUUCAGUAAUUCUCGUCAGGCGCUGGCCGGGGAUUUGGAGAGAUAUCGCCGAUCCGUCUUCACUUACAACUGGUCGAACCUUUUGGAUCCUAUAAUUUUGGAAGAUCUUACUUCCGUGCGACAUUAUAACCUUGUCGAACUCCGCAUUGAAUCGGAUGGUGUUGGUGGAGUCCCACAGUCUGUUUAUCGGUGUCUAGUGUUCCCCUACCUCCUGCCCGUCGUCUACUUCCUCGCCCGUGUCCACUUGUUUGAAGUGGAACAAUUUAGGAUCUUUCUGCCCUCCUCCGUGCUUCCUCAACAGGCCAGCCAAUUUUUCCUGAAGCACUGUCAUCCUAAUCCGCCUCCCAAAUGGCAACGCUCAGGGCGUGUUCUACAACAACAACCUUCUCCGGCGGAGAGUGAGGCGAGGACCGCUCACCUGAAGGAGGUGCUCCCGCCGCCGUCGCCGCUAGAAGUGGAAGGAAAUGUGUCCACGACGUCUUCUAUACUUACGGAAAAGAAUGAACAGGAGCGGUAUAAUUACUGGCAAUCAAAACAGAGAAUGUGGCAUCGAGGAGAAAUAGACUGUACUCCUCAACCAGAGGCUCAUCUUCAGGAUGGCACAUCGCCAACAUCACCCAUAGGCGAAGAUUCCCCAAAAGAUGGAGAUACUGCUGAUAUAACUACAAAAAAAGUGGGGUCAAGCGAUAAUGAAGAUGAUGGCUGGAUGGUGCCCCGAAGUAGAAACAGGCGUUCUCGCAAUCCUAGAAGAUAG